AUGUUUCGUACCCAUUCACAACUCCAACUUGACCUUGCCCUACUACUCGGUGGCACAGCACACAAUGUACGUGAAAUCAGGAAUAAGGAAAGAGGAGGAGCUGUAGAAGGGGGAGGUCCCUGGGAUGGAAGUCAUAUUGAAGGAGCUGGGGAAGGGGGAGGUCCCUGGGAUGGAAGUCAUAUUGAAGGAACUGGGGAAGGGGUAGGUCCCUGGGGUGGAAGUCAUAUUGAAGGAGCUGGGGAAGGGGGAGGUCCCUGGGGUGGAAGUCAUAUUGAAGGAGCUGAGGAAGGGGUAGGUCCCUGGGGUGGAAGUCAUAUUGAAAGAGCUGGGGAAGGGGGAGGUCCCUGGGAUGGAAGUCAUAUUGAAGGAGCUGGGGAAGGGGGAGGUCCCUGGGAUGGAAGUCAUAUUGAAGGAACUGGGGAAGGGGGAGGUCCCUGGGAUGGAAGUCAUAUUGAAAGAGCUGGGGAAGGGGUAGGUCCCUGGGGUGGAAGUCAUAUUGAAGGAGCUGGGGAAGGGGGAGGUCCCUGGGGUGGAAGUCAUAUUGAAGGAGCUGGGGAAGGGGGAGGUCCCUGGGAUCCAAGUCAUAUUGAAAGAGCUGGGGAAGGAGGAGGUCCCUGGGAUGGAAGUCAUAUUGAAGGAGCUGAGGAAGGGGUAGGUCCCUGGGGUGGAAGUCAUAUUGAAAGAGCUGGGGAAGGGGGAGGUCCCUGGGGUGGAAGUCAUAUUGAAGGAACUGGGGAAGGGGUAGGUCCCUGGGGUGGAAGUCAUAUUGAAGGAGCUGGGGAAGGGGGAGGUCCCUGGGAUGGAAGUCAUAUUGAAAGAGCUGGGGAAGGGGUAGGUCCCUGGGGUGGAAGUCAUAUUGAAGGAGCUGGGGAAGGGGGAGGUCCCUGGGGUGGAAGUCAUAUUGAAGGAGCUGGGGAAGGGGGAGGUCCCUGGGAUCCAAGUCAUAUUGAAAGAGCUGGGGAAGGAGGAGGUCCCUGGGAUGGAAGUCAUAUUGAAGGAGCUGAGGAAGGGGUAGGUCCCUGGGGUGGAAGAGCUGGGGAAGGGGGAGGUCCCUGGGAUGGAAGUCAUAUUGAAGGAGCUGGGGAAGGGGGAGGUCCCUGGGAUGGAAGUCAUAUUGAAGGAACUGGGGAAGGGGGAGGUUCCUGGGAUCCAAGUCAUAUUGAAAGAGCUGGGGAAGGGGUAGGUCCCUGGGAUGGAAGUCAUAUUGAAGGAGCUGAGGAGGGGGGAGGUCCCUGGGAUGGAAGUCAUAUUGAAAGAGCUUGGGAAGGGGGAGGUCCCUGGGAUGGAAGUCAUAUUGAAGGAGAUUGGGAAGGAGGAGGUCCCUGGGAUGGAAGUCAUAUUGAAAGAGCUGGGGAAGGGGGAGGUCCCUGGGAUGGAAGUCAUAUUGAAGGAGCUGGGGAAGGGGGAGGUCCCUGGGAUCCAAGUCAUAUUGAAAGAGCUGGGGAAGGGGUAGGUCCCUGGGAUGGAAGUCAUAUUGAAGGAGCUGAGGAGGGGGGAGGUCCCUGGGAUGGAAGUCAUAUUGAAAGAGCUUGGGAAGGGGGAGGUCCCUGGGAUGGAAGUCAUAUUGAAGGAGAUUGGGAAGGAGGAGGUCCCUGGGAUGGAAGUCAUAUUGAAAGAGCUGGGGAAGGGGGAGGUCCCUGGGAUGGAAGUCAUAUUGAAGGAGCUAGAGGCUAA